AGCAGGGUGGCAACUGUCAGCUAUGGCUUUAUGGUUGUAUGAAAUAAUAGCUGCAGCCCUACACUGGUAUACUGUAUACUGUAGACUGGACAGACAGAUGGUCGGAUAGUAGUGUUACAGAUAUGAGUAGCUUUGCUUGGAUCUCCCCUGCUCGUGCUGAGGAGGGUUAAUCAUUAGAGAGUGGGUGGUAAAUAUAGCGAGUGGUGGUGAUGUGCUGGAUGUGGCUGGGCAGUGGGCGGACAGCGAUCAGGACUCUCCCCCUGCCACUCCUCUGAACGGUCGCUUCAGUCCGAGAUGGAGCUCGGGACAUAGCAGACAGGACUCAUGACCGCUCGGCUCUAUCAAAGCGCACUUUCUUUACGCAUGUUAUGUGGUAAGUUUUCUGUUCUCGCCUCCGUAUGUGCCGUCACACGCUACCGGUUUUGAUGAAGUUAUUGCAGGAUUGUGUGUGGUUGAACGGCACCGUGCCUCAUCAUGUGAUUCUUUUGGGGCCAAAGGAAAAUUUUGAGACGCUGAACUGGCUGAUGCAUAAUGCAGGAAAGCAUUACGCACCGAGAAGUUUGAUUUCCGAGAAAAACUGCUCCUCAUAAAGAAGGCUUAAGACACAUGUGUCAUUAUAUCAAGGCUCUUUGGAAGUGUGGAGAAGGUUUGCAUGGCACGAGGGCCGCUCAAAGACCACUUUAGAGAGCAAGAAUGAAAAUAAGAUGUGCCCACUACCUUCAUAGAUUGAGACACAGGUGCUUCCUGUUUUCUCUGUGUCUGCUGGUGGUGUGUCUGCUCAAGCUGGUCUACAUUAAAGUGACAGUGAGAGACAGCGUCUACAUUGAGCCCUAUGGAAUCACUGUCAGUUUAUCCAGAAUCCACAACCACAGGUAUAAUAUCAACUGCACCGCCAUCUACGAGCUCGACCCUGUGGAGAUAGGCAAAGCUCUUGAGAUAAAACGGAAAGUCAUUGUUGACGUGGAUGAUGAUAGCACUGUCAGUUUGACCUCAGACUGUCAAACCUUUAUCAAAACAAGAGGUUACAAUGAUGUUCCAGUGUCAAAUGCAGAGCAUAGCUUCCCAUUGGCUUACUCCCUGGUGGUACAUAAGAAUGCACCCAUGGUGGAGCGUAUCCUUCAUGCCAUCUAUGCACCUCACAACAUCUACUGCAUUCAUUAUGACCAGAAGUCCUCACCAGUCUUUAUAAAGGCCAUAAAGAACCUGGCUCAGUGUACUCCUAAUGUGUUCAUUGCCUCAAAAUUGGAGUCUGUGGAGUACGCCCACAUCAGCAGGCUUAAUGCCGACCUCAAUUGCAUCUCUGACCUGCUAAGGUCACAGGUCAAGUGGAAGUAUGUCAUCAACCUGUGUGGCCAGGAUUUUCCUCUCAAGUCAAACUAUGAACUGGUGAUGGAGUUGAGGCGGCUGAAUGGCAGUAACAUGCUGGAGUCCAGUCGCCCCAGUGAACUCAAGAAACAGCGCUUCAGCUUCCAGCAUGAGCUGAAAAAUGUGCCUUAUGAGUACCGCCGUAUUCCUGUCAAAACCACAGUGGCCAAAGAUGUUCCUCCACAUGGUAUUGAAAUGUUCAUCGGUAGCGCAUAUUUUGUCCUGUCAAGGGAUUUUGUGAAUUACAUGAGCAGCAGCCAGGUGGUGAAGGACUUUCUGGCAUGGUCUGCCGACACAUACUCACCAGAUGAACACUUCUGGGCCACCCUUGUCAGGGUCCCUGGGGUGCCAGGACACAUUCCCAGGUCAGAACCGGACAUCACAGAUCUGAAGAGUAAGACACGACUUGUCAAAUGGAACUAUUUAGAAGGAAAUCUGUAUCCUCCCUGCACAGGUACACACAUGCGGAGUGUUUGCAUUUACGGAGCUGCUGAACUUCGCUGGCUCCUCAACUAUGGCCACUGGUUUGCUAACAAAUUUGACCCGAAAGUGGACCCAAUCCUGAUUAAGUGUUUGGAGGAGAAGCUGAUGGAGAAACGUCAGUAUGUGCAAACAUGAUACUGAUGGAAAGAGGGGAGCGUCAAUAUGAUAAUGUCAUGUAAUUUAGACUACCUAACACUGUAUGGAGAAGCAUCAUCUGGACCACCUGCAGCAUUAAAACAGUGCAUCAGUAAUCCAUCAGUAAUUUAACUGGGAAUUCUUCAAAUUUGUUCUUUUACCUUUGAUAACAAGGUAUAUUUUACUAAUAUUUCAAAAAUAUUGAUUACUGAACUUUUACUUUUAAUGAAUGAUUUUUACAAUGUGCUAUUACUAAGUGAUUUGAAUACUUGUUGCUAUCCUGCUGCAGCAGGAUACUGCACCUGUUCUUGGUCUUUUCACAUUAUUCCAUUCAUUCUAAUUAGUGUUUUCUAAUUAGUCUGUACCUUUCACUGACCACCCAAGGCAUUUAAUCAGUAACAGGAGGACACGAAAAAGUGCCUAUUUCUAAAAGGAUAAUGGAUUAUUUCAGGAAAUGCCAUUGUAAAAACAAGUGCCCGCUUGAUAUCACAUCCAAAUACAGUGUCCAUGUUGUUCUUGAAUAUGAUUCCAGAUGCUAUCAGGACUAGAAAUACCAAAGACAUAUGUUCCAUGUGUUCUGCAAAUCAACUGCUUUUUUGUCAUGAAGAUACCAAUUUAUUUGAAAAAAAAAUAGAUUAAUA